AUGGCAAAAAUUGUCUUACUCGUAAUCUCUACCAUCGUUUUAAAUGUUUGGGCUGGCCACGAUAACGCCCAUUACAAAUUCGAAUACGGUGUCCACGACCCUCACACCCACGACAUCAAGUCGCAGCAUGAACACAGAGAUGGUCAUCAUGUGACUGGAGCCUACACCUUAAAAGAAGCCGACGGCACCACGAGGGUAGUUAAAUAUAGAUCAGGACCUCACACUGGAUUCGAAGCAGUAGUCGAAAGGAUUGGCCAUGCUCAACAUCCCGCUCACUAUGGUCAUGGGCACGGUCAUGGUUACGGCCAUGGACAUGGAGGAGCUACCAGCUACGUUGGAACCACGCAUUGGGCUAACCAAGGACAUGGAGGUGAUGGAGGUCAUCAUGGAUAUUAG